GAAUCGCCGCAGCGCUCGGGAAUGACGUGCUGGAUUCCAGACUGAUGGCGUCGGGCACGGCGAGCCGCUCUGAAGAUGAAGAGUCUCUGGCAGGGCAGAAAAGAAGCUCAUCACAGGUUUCGGGUGCCAUCCCAAAACGGCGCAGUUCAUCCAGGUUCAUCAAAAGGAAGAAGUUUGAUGAUGAACUGGUAGAGAGCAGCCUUGCGAAAUCAUCUAGCAGGGCCAAGGGCCCUAGCGGAGUGGAACCCGGGCGCUGUUCCGGCAGCGAGCCCUCUUCCAGCGAGAAGAAGAAGGUGUCUAAGUCCAUCUCUGCGCCAGCCACCCCAAGCCCAGCUCCAAACCCCGGCCUUGCUAAGCGGAUGAAGAAGAGCAAGCAACCCUUGCAGGUGACCAAGGAUUUGGGCCGAUGGAAAGCCACCGACGACCUGCUGCUGAUCAAUGCAGUGCUUCAGACCAACGACCUGACCUCUGUGCACUUGGGAGUGAAGUUCAGCUGUCGUUUUAACUCAAGUGGAAAUCCCAGGAGAGCCGUUUGGCAAGGGGGUUUCUUUGGCCCCGUUGCUCGUCAUUCUUUAUUCCCUUCCUCUCUCUGUUUUGCCAGGUUGUCCUGCCAGGCUAUGCGGCAGCUCCAUCCCGAAGCCAUCGCUUCUACGCAGAGCAAGGUGCUGUUCAGCAAAGCGGAGGAGCAGCUGCUAAGCAAAGUGGGAUCGACCAGCCAACCCACUUUGGAUACUUUCCAGGACCUGCUGCACAAACACCCGGAGGUUUUCUAUCCUUCACGCACUGCCAAAGCCCUGCAAACACACUGGCAGCUCAUGAAACAGUACUACCUCCUGGAUGACCAGACAGUGCAGCCACUGCCAAAGGGGGACCAGGUGCUGAACUUCUCCGAUGCUGAAGACAUGAUUGAUGACAGCAAACUGAAGGAUGUACGGGAUGAAGUGCUGGAACAUGAACUGACCGUGGCUGACCGGAGACAGAAACGUGAAAUCCGACAGCUGGAGCAAGAACUGCACAAGUGGCAGGUGCUGGUAGACAGCAUAACAGGAAUGAGUUCCCCUGACUUUGACAACCAGACACUGGCCGUGCUGCGUGGGAGGAUGGUGCGUUACCUCAUGCGCUCCAGGGAGAUUACUCUUGGUAGAGCCACCAAAGACAAUCAGAUUGAUGUGGAUCUAGCACUGGAGGGGCCGGCUUGGAAGAUAUCUCGCAAGCAAGGAGUCAUCAAACUGAAGAACAAUGGCGACUUCUUCUUGGCCAAUGAGGGCCGACGGCCCAUUUAUGUUGACGGGCGUCCUGUGCUGUGUGGCAGCAAGUGGAAGCUGAGCAACAACUCGGUGGUGGAGAUUGCCAGCCUGCGCUUUGUUUUCCUCAUCAACCAGGACCUGAUAGCGCUCAUCAAGGCCGAGGCCGCCAAAAUCGCCCAGCCCUGAAGCAUGCCACGGAACCGAAGGCGUCGACCUGGAACUCUGGGCGGGUCCUCGACCCCGUUCCUUGUUGCCAGCAGGAGUUCUCCCUGCUCUGUGCUACCGAUGCAAUUUCCUGCAGCCUCCCCCCACCCCUAAGCCUGGACUGGAACCGCUUAGAGGCCUCUCUCUUUGGGAAAGGAGCGAGGAAGAAAAAGAAGAGUCUUUUGGCCAGCCAGAGUGCCUUGCUUGAGGUCAAUUGGCUGUGCAGGUAUGGCCUAUGGCUCAGCAAGAGAGGUGGUUGUUCGGCCCUAAAGAGCAAAAGGAUAUUCCAUGGAGGUAGGAAUAUGGGGAGCAUCAGUUUCCAGUCAGCUAAUAAAAUAGUUGUCAAACUCA